UUGGCUGCAUCAGGCUCAAGGUAGAGCAAGGCAGCUAUCCACGAAUCUGAACAAAAGGUUCUGCAUAGAAUUUGGUUGCUUAGUCUUGCCGCCCUUGACUUUCAGGUGCCAUGCAUGAUACCCUCGACACAGGGUGUCAGAUCAUGGUUGGCCCGAUGUUGGAGGCAGUGCUCUCGGCAUGCCACAGCAGCACCUUUGGCGCUCUCCGUGCAGCCUCCACGCAUCAGCGCACCCUUGCUGAUCAGUUAGAAAGAUCCGAGAUGCCGAAAUGGCCUCUUUUGUUACUGAUUACCUUUGACUCCUUUGUUACUCGGCACCGACAAGACAUGCAUCCUGAGUUUGUGCUUGAGUUUGACUGUAGCUCAUCCUGCAGGGCGUUUUCUGGUGCCAACGCUGAGGAUGGUGCAAGAAUAGAGGUGCCUCAGACGACGGCGGAGGACUUUGUUCGCAGACUCGGGUCGAUGCACAGAGCUUUGGGCCGUGAGAGUUUGCUGUGGGGGUUGCCAAAGUUGCGCCGGCGAGCCACACUCCAUUGCGAGAUGACAAAGGAGGAAUAUGAAUGGAGCAGCAUGCAUGUUGCAAUGCAGUGUGAUCCGCGUGCUUCCCGCCAAAUGGUCCUCGUUGAUGCUGACAAGCAGGUUGUUUUUUGUCACACAUUCCUGGACCCUGACUACCCGAUGCCAACUCCUGGCCGAGGACUCGUGGAACCCGGACAUUUGGAUAAAGUUGGAAUCCCCGUUUCAUAUUCCGCACCAGUUUGCUGGUGCCAUUUAGUUGCGGGGGGCAGUACAUGGCACCUUACUGCAAAGGCCGAUCACAUCCAGAAUGGCCGAGCAACCUUAUUGCCAAACAAACGCGGUUCAUCAGCUAAAAAAACUCUGACACAAGCGGGAGAUGACAUGAAUGCACCAUGUCAGGAGCCCAAGGAGCUUUCCGAAAAGUGAAUGAGAAGGGCGUUGCACGUGAUUUGCAUCACUGUUGGCUCCUGCGGCGUCUUCGGAAAUUGCGCGGACAUUCGAACAUCAUGGACGAGCGCUUCAAUUUCAUGCACGCGCACGCUUUGCUGAAGAAACAUGAAUGGAUUUUCGAUGACGCCUUCGACCAUUCCAAUCAACCGUUGAGGACUCUUCCUGAUUAAAGACUAGCAAUUGUUUGUGGGGCUUGGUUGAUAUGAGCUGAAACAGCAUCAGACAACAGGCACUACAAAGCGGAUCAGCUUGCUUCAGUACUGUACAUCGGUGUUUGGAAUACAUACGCAUUAUCGAUUCUCGAUCCAAAUAUUUGCAUUUGAGAGUUUCACAUGGCCCACAAGGGCAGAAUCCCAGAAGGAUCUUCAGAAUGACUUUUAUAUGCACGAUGGUGGGAGCAAUAGCUUUCACCUUGAAGCUGUGGCAAUGAAGUGAGGUCAAGAGUGCUUCACUAGAAUGUCCAUGCUUCGGAAUCACAUCACGGCACCAAUAUGCCUCUGUGAAUGAAAUUCCAUAAGUGAGGUCACAGGCAAAGGAUGCCAAUGCCCAGCGUAUGUGGAAA